AUGAGGUCGGGUCUACAAAGUCCUGGAGCGGUUCCAUUGCUGGCAGUGCUGGUCGCAGCCUUGUUAUCGAUAACACCGAAUCUUUGCGAAUCUUGGAUGAAGCCAGGAAGCAGUCCAAGUAUUGAAGACUAUGAAGCUGAAUCGAGUAUAUAUUCAUUUGAAUCCGGAUCGACCAUAUCACCACCAAGCGUUGUCUCCGCGCCAUCUAUAAUCAGCACGAUUACCAACAUAGAUCUAUUGUGGCAGCAGGUCUGCCAGGUUACCACUUCAAUUUUGUCCUCAUACAAACAUCCACUAUCUUACGACUGUUCGUCACAACAAAUACCGAAGCCAGUCGAAAACUCAAGUGAGCCUCAUCCCAUCACUCAAGAGUCGACACCAAUCACAAUAUCGCUUGAAUCUAUGCCCCAAGUAGUGGACAAGCACAACUCGACAGAGCCCUUCUCCGGUCAAAAUUCUCCUUCAGACCAACUUGAGAAAAGCGCGCGUGUCAAUUCGUCCAGCCCCGUGGAUAGCAAGGGCAGCUAUAUGGCCAUUCUGGUCAGUCUGGUUGUUGCGAUAAUGUGGUUUUGA